AUGAUAACAUCAUCGGAUUUCUACCACGUGAUGACGGCGGUUGUGCCGCUGUACGUGGCGAUGAUCCUCGCCUACGGGUCGGUGAAGUGGUGGCGGAUCUUCACACCCGACCAGUGCUCCGGCAUCAACCGGUUCGUGGCCCUGUUCGCCGUCCCCCUCCUCUCCUUCCACUUCAUCGCCUCCAACGACCCCUACGCCAUGAACUUCCGCUUCAUCGCCGCCGACACCCUCCAGAAGCUCGCCGUCCUAGCCGCCCUCGCCCUCUGGUCCCGCCUCUCCUCCCGCGGCCGCGGCGGCCUCGACUGGACCAUCACCCUCUUCUCCCUCUCCACCCUCCCCAACACCCUCGUCAUGGGCAUCCCCCUCCUCAAAGGCAUGUACGGCGACUUCUCCGGCAGCCUCAUGGUCCAGAUCGUCGUCCUCCAGUGCAUCAUCUGGUACACCCUCAUGCUCUUCCUCUUCGAGUUCCGCGCCGCCCGCCUCCUCAUCUCCGACCAGUUCCCCGCCGCCGCCGCCGCCUCCAUCGUCUCCAUCCGCGUCGACUCCGACGUCGUCUCCCUCGACGGCCGCCACCCCCUCGAGACCCAGGCCGAGGUCGCUGCCGACGGCCGCCUCCGCGUCACCGUCCGCCGCUCCAGCGCCUCCCGCUCCGACAUCUUCUCGCGCCGGUCCGGCGCCGCGCCGCCCGACGCUCCGCCGCGCGCGUCCGGCCUCACCAACGCCGAGAUCUACUCCCUCCAGUCGUCGAGGGGCCCCACCCCCCGCGGCUCGAGCUUCAACCACGCCGACUUCUACUCCAUGAUGGGGGGGAGGGCCUCCAACUUCGGUCCGGCCGACGGGUCGAGAGGGCCCACGCCACGGCCCUCCAACUUCGAAGACGAGAGGCCGCCGCGGCCCAACAUUCCGGCGACCGCCGGGAACAAAGAUCUCCAUAUGUUUGUUUGGAGCUCGAGCGCGUCCCCUGUCUCGGACGUGUUCGGUGGCGGCCGUGAUUAUAACAAUAACAAUAAUAAUAAUAAUGUGGUCAGUGGGAAAGAGCCUAGAGUUCCUCUUUCUCCCACCAAAGUGGAGAGACACAGAGAGAAUCAAGAAGGGUACUUGGAGAGAGAUGAAUUCAGCUUUGCAAACAGAGGCGCCGGCGGUGGUGAAGGGGAAAUCGAAGGCGGAGAAAAACCGGACGAAAACAAAGCCAAAGUGAUGCCUCCGGCGAGUGUGAUGACGAGGCUUAUUCUCAUCAUGGUUUGGAGGAAGUUAAUUCGAAAUCCAAACACUUAUUCCAGCUUGAUUGGCCUAACAUGGUCUCUAGUUUCCUUCAGAUGGCAUGUUGAGAUGCCUGCAAUAAUAGCAAAGUCCAUAUCUAUACUGUCAGAUGCAGGCCUUGGCAUGGCCAUGUUCAGUCUUGGUUUGUUCAUGGCUUUGCAACCGAGGAUAAUAGCAUGUGGGAACUCAGUGGCAGCUUUUGCAAUGGCUGUGAGAUUCCUUACAGGGCCAGCUGUCAUGGCUGCUGCUUCCAUUGCUGUUGGCCUUCGUGGUGUUCUCUUGCGCAUUGCUAUUGUUCAGGCUGCUCUGCCUCAAGGAAUUGUACCCUUUGUUUUCGCCAAGGAGUACAAUGUGUACCCUGAUAUCCUCAGCACGGCAGUCAUUUUUGGGAUGCUAAUAGCAUUGCCAAUAACACUCGUCUACUACAUCUUGUUGGGGCUGUGA